CUAAAUCUGAUCGUUUUAAAUUUUCAAUAUUCAAACUACGUACAAUUAGCGUUAUAAUAGAGCACAUGAAGAAAACGUGUGCAAUGUUUGGAGGUGUUGAAAGUUUAAAUGAAUAUUACGGUAGUUCGAAUGGACAGAUUGGCCAAGAUUUUUCUAUUCCUGAGAUACAAAUGUCCUUAAUAAGCGGUAAAGAAGCAAACAGCAUAAAGAAAAAUUCUGAAAUUCAAAUGGAGAAGCCAAAAAAUACAACAGAAGAGAAGUUCGUAGAAAAAGACAAGUGGGGCAAAGAUAUCGAAUUUCUUCUGUUGUCUGCACUUAGUGUCGGUUUGGGGAAUGUCUGGCGAUUUCCAUUUACUGUACUUGAGAAUGGAGGAGGUGCCUUUGUGUUUCCAUACAUCAUCGUAUUAUUACUUGUGGGCAAGCCGCUCUACUACAUGGAAUUAUUACUGGGUCAAUUUUCGUCACGCGGUUGCAUCAAAGUGUAUGAUAUGGCGCCGGCAAUGCGUGGCAUAGGAAUCGGGCAAGUUAUAUCAACUUGCUUUGUUACAACAUAUUAUGCUUCAUUGAUGGGUCUUACAAUACGCUAUUUUCUCGCAUCAUUUAAUGAUCCAUUACCAUGGAGUCAGUGUAAGGAUGAAUGGAAUGUUUCGUGCAUUGAUAGUAGCUUAAAGUCAAUUAAUUUCUCGGAUGAAAGACCUAAAUCAUCAGCGGAGUUGUAUUUCAUAAAAGACAUAUUAAAGGAAACGAGUACGAUUGACGAUGGAAUCGGUUAUCCAAAUUGGCAAUUAGUAUUAUGCUUGAUAUUUGCCUGGAUUUGUAUAGGUGGAAUUCUAAUAAAAGGAGUCAAGAGUUCAGGAAAGGCUUCAUACUUCCUUUCCAUAUUUCCUUAUGUUGUUAUGAUUAUUCUUCUCAUACGUUCUGCAACACUCGAGGGUGCAAUCGAUGGCAUGAUUUAUUUCAUUAAACCACAAUGGAAUAAAAUAUUUGAAGCACAAGUAUGGUAUGCUGCAGUUACGCAAGUCUUCUAUUCUCUUGCUGUUUGCUUCGGUUCAAUAAUCAUGUAUUCAUCAUACAACAGAUUCGAUCAAAACAUAUACAAGGACGUGAAUAUCAUAAUGCUUCUUGACACGGGAACUUCAUUGUUAUCAGGCUUCAUAAUAUUCGGAAUAUUAGGUCACUUGGCACACAUAAUGAAAGUCGACGACAUUCAAAAAGUAACAAAGAGCAAUAUAGCGCUUGCUUUUAUGGCAUAUCCUGAAACAAUAGCCAAAAUUGAUUUCAUUCCACAGUUUUUUUCAAUGUUAUUUUUUAUUAUGCUGUUCGUAUUGGGCAUCGGAAGUAAUAUUGGAAUGACAAGCUGUGUGAUUACUGUAAUCAAAGACAAAUUCCCAAACAUAAAAAAUUGGAAACUUGUUCUUAGCAUUGCACUUGUUGGUAUAGCUAUUGGGAGCAUUUACACGACACCGGGCGGACAGUUUCUAAUAAAUUUUCUAGACUUUUAUGGUGCAUCGUUUGUUGCAUUAAUACUAGCAAUAAUUGAAUUGUUAACUGUCAGAUGGAUUUAUGGUGUUGAUAGACUUUGUGACGAUAUUGAAUUCAUGUUAAAAAGGAAGACAUCCACAUACUGGAGAAUCUGCUGGAAGUAUAUUACACCAACAAUGAUGAUUGCAAUUUUUCUUUACUUUGUAUGGACGUGGAAAUCGAUAACUUAUCAAGGCUAUGAGUAUCAUCCCAACAUGCAUGCAUUAGGAUGGUGCAUUUCAUGUUUCUGCCUCAUUCAAGUUCCUAUUUGGGCAAUUUAUGCUGUAAUAAAACAAGAAGAGAAAACUUGGAGUAAGAAAAUCAUUAAUGCCUUUAAGCCAAAUUCAAAUUGGGGACCAAACGAUGCUGUUAAAAGUAAGUUACACCAAAAGGAUGAAAAAUUAUGGAAAUGAGAUUAAGCUUUAUGACUCUUUUCUGGUUAAAGAAAACGAGAACGUCGCUUUGCUUGAAAAGAGUGGAAGGAAUUUUAAUUAGAGUAUGUUUGUGAUUGAGAAAAAGGUUUAGGUAUUGAAUUUCUUGAAAAAAUUUUCUUAUUUUUUUUUUUUGCUAGAUGCUUUAAAUUUUCAACAAAAAAAAAGUUGAACUUGAGGUCUUU